AGAUGUUCCAUUGCUAGCCGUUCGCUGGAUCGAAGAAAUUAUCUACUUCGUUGAGAGUUACAGACCCUAUAAAAAAUAACACCACACGUGUCAGAGAAUCAAAGCAAGGGAAUACAAAGUUCAGAGAAAGAUGAGUGCUUGUAACAUUUCAACUCAGGCUCCAAGUAUAGCGCAGACGUUGCGCGUCAGCCAAGGACCACAGCUCCGUCCAAAUGAUACAGGUGUCAUCGUGUAUAUCGUCGUCAUGGCUGUUAUCUUAGCAGUUGGUUUUAUUGGCAAUGUGCUGACUAUAUUAGUCUUAAGUUGCCAUGAGCACAAAAACAAGAACAUCACCCCAUUCAUGAUGAACCUCGCGAUCGCUGACAUCAUCAUUAUUGUCUUUGGAUAUCCAGUGGUUGUCGCAGCAAACUUUACUUCCUCCGGGCUCAACGUGCGUAACAGUCGGACCCAGUGCAUUUGGUCGGGAUUUAUCAAUGGCUCUGUUGGUAUUGCUUCCAUUGCAAACUUGACUAUGAUGAGUCUGUUGAUGUAUUCUGCCAUCAGCAAGGUUAGCAACAAUACAAAAAUCCCCAGACGCAAGAUGGCCAUUAUCAUUAUACUUACUUGGGUGUACGGAGUGAUAGCUAUGGUCCCACCGUUAGUGGGUUGGAACGAGUUCGUCCCAGGCGCCUCCGGCAUCAGCUGCUGUCCUAACUGGUCGCCUCAAACAAAGGCUGGAGUGGCGUAUAAUAUGUUGUUGGUUUUUGUUGGCUUCGUUCUUCCACUAACCGUCAUUGUCUACUCUUAUCACAGGAUAUACAGGUAUAUCCGUUCACAGCGACCAAUGCUUGGAAGUGCUUCGAUUCAAGCCAUCCGAAGAAAAUCCGAAAUUAAAGUCGUACGCAUGAUUGCCAUGUCAAUUGCGGCCUUCGUCUUGAGCUGGUCUCCCUAUACUUUCGUCAGUAUAAUGGCCACCAUCCGGGGCACUAAUGUACUGACACCUGACUCGGCAGAAGUCCCAGAUCUACUAGCCAAGGCCUGGGUUAUCUACAAUCCCAUCGUGUACACAGCAAUGAACGACAGAUUUCGAAGAACCCUGAUGCGAAUCCUUCCAAUUCGCUGCAUCUUCGGCAAGGGACUAAAUCCAUGGGGAAACACGAUGUCGCUCACGGUGGAAUCACGCCCCACGCAUGCGUAUACCAUACAGGAUCUGCCGAGGGAUAGAACCCAAAGUGUGGUUUAAUUCAGGUACCUUCAGUGAUGAUGAACAUUCGUCAAAAGCUCCUCUCUCCACCGACGGUGGCCAGUUCCUGCCUGAAAUCGGAGCUUAAUUCGUGGUUGAUGGUGCGCCAGAUUUCAGUUUAAUUCAAGGAAUAUUGUAUUGCGAAUACCUGUACUUUGCCCCUAUAAGCCUGUAUAAAUCAUUUAUCAUGUCUACCCAAUCUCUUCCUUUAAUCCCGCGGUCGGCGUAACAAUGGCAAGGACUAAGGGAAGAAAAGCGGAUCCCUGGCGAAGAAAACUUCCUAAGAUAUAAGAUAAAGAAUGCUGACCAACCCUUUGCAUCAAAUGGUCGUGUGAUGAGUCAUCCACCGACUACAGAUAAAUUCAAUUGUAUCAGUUGUCUAUCUUCGAAAAGGCUCUGACUUCAUUAACUUGUAAUUCUCCGAUCGAUAUCUUCGUUCAAAAAAUAUACUUCAGAUAGAAUAUACUAGCUUGGAUAUACGCCUGGCAGUGAACUAUAAAUUUAAGUGAAAGAUAAUAGAGAAAUGUAAACUUGUUUUUAUAUAUUUUAUUUGUAGCCCUUAGGCUUCAACAGAAUUCGAACCUUUGGUGACUGUCCUUUAUCACCGAUGCUAUGCUUUGUUCAGAUUUUAUUUUCGUAAAAUUUUGAUCUGCAGCAUGUAUAAAAUGUUACUGCGUAAUUCCUUCACAGAUUUAUUAUGACAGUUAGACAUAAUAAGCCUGAAUAACUCUACUAACUGAUACAUCCUCAAAGCGGCUAACAAACAGUGAUAAAAAAGAGAUCGCUUUAAAUAAACA